AUGAUCCCCGCCCCCGAGGACCGCUUCGGGCUGAACUGGCACACCUAUUUCACCAUUUUAGGCCCUGCACAACUCUGCUAUGGACUCUUCGCGCUACUGGUCACUCUACCCAGGACCCGACUACUGCGUAUGGCGCUCCUCCCGAUCGCGCUGUACUUGUACUUCCGUGCGGGUACCCUCUUGGAUGUUGCAAAGGACAUUCCGGUGUCGGAUUCCACGAAGGAGAAAUUGAUACAUUAUAAUCAGGGGCAUCUGAUGACGCUCUUCGCCAUGACUUGCCGAACCAUCGCUUGGGCAUGGCCUAGCAAACCUUACCGCCGGACAGACCACAAGGAACCGACGCGAUCACUUACCACCAUACUCCUUGACGGCAUUGAUCUUGCAUUCAACAUCCGCGGCAUCGACUGGGACUGGUCCACGGGCCUCCGUCUCCCCCCACAAACGCGCACCCUCUCCUCGCGCGCCGCCUUCCUCCGCGAAACCCUCGUCUCCGCCCUCUUCCACGGCUUCAUUGUCGACGCGCUGCAAGCCACCAUCCAUGCCAUGGGCCUCAACUCUCCCGCCGGCGGCAGCAUCUUCGACCCGGCGCUCCCCCCGCACCUUCGCUAUACACGCUCGACCGUGCUCACGCUCCUCACCGGCCUUACCAUCUGGGCCGGCCUUCAAGCUUCUUAUGACCUCUGCACGCUUGUUGGCGUCGGCCUCCUCCGUCAGGCGCCCACGCGCUGGCCGCCCGUGUUCGAUAGGCCGUGGGCCGCGACAAGCGUGAGCGCGUAUUGGGGCGCCCAUUGGCACCAAGUGCUGCGCGACGUGUUCGUGAGCGUUGGCUCUCGCCCGCUCACGCACGUCCUGGUGAAGGUGUGCGGCCCGAAGUGGGGGAAGUCGCUCGGGCUUGUGGGCGCGUACGUGGUGUCGGGCCUGCUGCACGACGCGGGGCUGUGGGGGCAAGGGAGGGGGCACGACCCGCUGCGCGUUGUGGGCUUCUUCGUGAUGUCGGGCGGGGUGGGGAUGCUGGUGGAGGUGACGAUCUACAGGCUGACGGGGAAGAAGGUCGAGGGCCCGUUAGGGUGGAUAUGGACGAUGGUGUGGCUGGUGGGCUGGGGGCAUUUGGUGACGGAGGCCUGGCUAUCGCGCGGCUUGGCGGGUUGUGUGCUGAUUCCGGAUCCUUUGCGACCCGUGCCGAGGUUGCUACAUGCGCUCAACAAUCUAUACCACUAG